AUGGAAGCCUCCCCAUCAAAAGCCCGCGCUCAGGCCAUUGAGUCGCAGUCCUGGUCAAUCGUUCUUUCGUGGCUCUCAGACUUGUACCACCCGUCUCCGGUGCCGGCGUUCGAGCGCAAUGCCACUACACUGACGGCCUUCCAAUCUCUCAUGGCCGAGAAUGUCGCAGCAGACCGGCUCCAGGAACUGCUCUUCGACGCCAAAUGCGAGGAACUCGCGAUUUCUCAGCGUAACCGUAUGCAGCGAGCGAGAGGUCAAGGGACGACAGGACACAACGCCACUUUGCUUCUUCCCUUGCUCGAAAACUCACUCUCAGGGGCCGGAAAGGACUCAUUGGAGUCUCUAGCCCGCUCAGCAGUCCUGCUUGGCUGCUGCUCGCCACCGUCGUCAUCACAAUCCGAGAGCAUCAUCGACAGUCUCCCGGCUCGGACCGUGGAUCUCUCCCGCCUAACAUUCCGUCUCGAAGAGCACGUCUCCUCCGUUGAAACACUCACAUCCAAUCUGCAAGCCCAAACUACCGAGACACUGCAUCACCUGUCCUCCAUGCGCGCAAGAGCGGCACAGCUGUCCAACCCAGAAGAUACAACAGAUUCACGCCCAUCGACACCGCCUCACGCGUCGAGCAUCGGCCCGACGACGACGGACUACUCGCAGCUCCACGCCCAGACUCUCCAGCAUCAGCGCGAAACCAAACAACUGCAGCUGAAGUCGGCGGAGUACAAGGCACGCAUCGACGCCCUUGACCGGCAGCUCGCAGCCGCGGAGGGGGCGGCAUCAUCAUCAUCGGCCGUAACGAGCACGGCUGCUUUGGUUUCGAAACAACAAGUCCUGGAGGACAAAAGGAAGCGGAUCACGACAUUGGAAGCACGAUUCCGGGGGUUUCAUGGACUGCCUCCGGAUGUCGAUGCCUCAAGGGGCGAAGUCAACAGGCUCCAGGCCGAACUGGAAGCGCUGAAGAGACGGAGGGAUGAGCUGUUUGAGCGGAUCUAG